AUGAAGAGUGAACAAGAAGACAACAGGAAUGUGGCGAUGGACUUCCUGGUCACCCUGAUGCACGCGUGGGCCCUCGUAUCACGAUCGAUCUCUGGGCCGUGGCUGCUUGUCCAUCACUUUUAUAAAGCCAUAGUAUUCAUCUGUAUGGGUUCGCUGCUCGUCUCUGAGCUCAUCGCCAUAGGAAUCGGCGGCGACGACAUGCUCACCCUGUCGCUGAACACCUGCGUCAUGCUUUCCAACGCAGUCGCUAUAUACAAGCUGGUGCUGUCGACAGUGUGGCCAGGGCGCUACCGCAGUCUGGUGGAGCACGUGGUGCGCGACCUGCCCGGCCACCUGAGCCACGACGCCACGGGGCGCCGCCGCCUGGGGGCAGACUCUCGCACCGCCUACACGUUCACCAUGGGCUUCGUCGUCUGCGGACACGUCACGGUCGCCUCCUGGUCUCUGCUGCCUCUGCUGCUCAAGCCCGUGGAGAAGCUUCGCCUGCCACUCGUCGCCUGGACUCCGUUCGACUCCAGCUGCGGCGUCGGAUUUCUAGUGACGUACGUGUACCAGUUUACGUGCACCCUGUUCAUGGCGUGGACGUCUGGAGCGACAGAUCUAAUCUGCGUGAACGUCGUCAUGCAGCUGUGCAGCCACCUGGAGAUUCUGUGCUGUCACCUGCAGCGAGUUGGCGCCCAGUGCUGCAGCGAUGCGGGUGGCAGCUGCGAGCACGGGUACCUCGGUAAGAUCGCCGAGAAGCCCACUCCGAAUAAAGACGACCUCCGCGAUCAGCUGCGACGCUGCAUUCGCUACCACCAGGAGAUCAUUAGUGUGGCUCGUGAAAUGGACAGCCUGCUGUGGUCGAUUGUGUUAAGCCAAUGCCUUUGCGGAAUGUCAGUCUUGUGUCUGCUGUUAUUUCAGAUGGCUCUGUAUACGUUGACUAUCGAGACAAUUGCCAAGUACCUGAGCUACAUGGCGUCGAUACUUCUUCAGAUCUUCUGCUACUGUUGGUUUGGAGACAAUCUAAGUUCAAAGAGCACUGCUGUGGCGCGGGUCGCCUACAGCUGCGCCUGGACCAGGGGCUCAGCGGGGUUCGGGCGGUCGCUGUGCAUCCUGAUGGCGCGCGCCCAGAGGCCGCUCAUCGUGUCCGGCGGCAGCUUCUACGUCCUCUCCAGGGAAGCCUUCAUCAGGAUACUGAAUGCUUCGUACAGCUACUUUGCUGUCCUGUACAGCAUGAGCGAUAAAUGA